UCAGCUCACAAAACUUCCCCGCCCAGAACCCAUUUUCCAAUUUAGAAUUAUUGUUUAUAUCUUGUACCUCAAUAAAGCUGUGAAAAAAACGAAAACGUAUCCAACACAAUGAGCCUCUAUUCAGAUCGUAGCACCAUUGCGUCUAUGGCCGUGAGUUCUACACGUGAAACCGAAACAAAAACUACGGGGUCAGGAAUAGUCGAUCCCAAGGCUAAAAAGUCCGUUCAGGUGGCCCAUUCCGAGUCUGAGGCAAAUCUCAAGCCGACAAAAAAGAAGAAAUCGGAGUCUCAGCAUUACUACAAUCAAGAAAUAGCAACCGAUCUUCAGUAUCGAUCACAAAUCAAGGUGGUGGAGGAAGUCGAUGGCGAGGAGGUGGACAUGACACCAAAGCACAUACAACCCCACACAUAUGCCGAUCAAUUUAUGCGUUUCAACCUGACGUUUCUCCAUCAAAUGGCCAAUCUGGUGACAAUGCACUCCAGGGGCGCCUCACGUUCGCGGACACGCUCCAGCAUGCGGACAGGACUGGGCGGCAACAAGCAGUCCAUCGAUGAGCUAAUGAAUGGGAUCACCUACGAGACCAUCACCUUUGACUUGUUGAACGUCCGUGACAGAGGCGACGAGGAGUAUGUGCCACAGCCCUUCAACAAAUCCUUCGUGAAGGUAACGCUCCGCAAAUCGGACUUCUUUGAGCUGCACUCGCAGUGCAGCAUCACUGCUGCCAAGGGCACAGCCGAUGGCGAUGAGGCGGAGAAGGACAAUCGCGUCUACGAAUAUUUGACAGCGGGCAAGGGCAAGGUACGUCGCCGAUCCGAGAACCAGGCCCAGACGGACAUUUUGCUGACCACCACGCGGGCGGUGAACACCAUUCUGGUGACCCAGGCAACGGUCAGCUCCUACGUCUCCAACUAUGAGAUGUACGACACGGUGCACAAUCUGAAUCGCAAGUACUCCACGAUGCGGAGUCUGCCGGGCGAGGGAAAGGACCAAGAAGCGCAAACCACAGAGUUCUUCGACGAGGAGGAGGACACGGCAGAGCGCGGCAAGGUGAUGUCCGAAAUGGAGAAGCUGCUGAGCAGCACAGAGUUCAGGAAUGCCGUCAUGUACGUGGGCCGCACGCUCUCCAGCAACACGAACGAGGGGGGCCAGAAGCGCUUUCGCAACUUCAAGAAGAUCGAUCGCUCCGCCACGGAUGCCAAAUACGUGUACUCGAUGAAGCUGCUGUUCCGCCUGAUGCCCGUGCCCAGUCGGGACGAGCGGAAGGCCGUCAGCGACAUUUGCUUCUGCCGCAGCAACGGUGACAUUGUGGCCGUGGCCUACGGCCUCUAUUCGUUCUCCUCGCAGCAGGUGCCCGAGUCUGGGAGUGUCUUCGUCUGGAGCAUCAAGAAUCCGGGGGAGCCAGAGCGAGCGUAUUACUACCAGAUACCCGUGACGGCCAUUUGCUUCUCUCCGUUUCUGCCCUCGCUGAUCGCCAUCGGCCUCUAUGAUGGCUCUGUGGAGGUGCGGGACGUGAGCAGCCAGGCGCUGACACCCAUUGCCAUAUCGCAGCGCAGCACAUCGCCGGGCUGUGCGCCCGUGGUGGCCAUACGCUGGAUCAAGCAGGUGGAGGAGGGCGAGAGUACGGACUUUGACAUCGAUCCAUUUCUGAGUCUGUCGCAGGACGGGUCCGUCACUCGUUUCCGCAUCAUCAAGAGCCCCUUUCUGCUGGGCUUCAAUCAGAUGACACUCGAACGCGUGGAGGGCCAUCCCGAGGGCAUCAUGGUGCCCAUACCCCCCCAGUUGACCUGCGAAUCGAACCGUCAUCCGCAGGGACUCAGCCUCACUACCCAUCCGGUGCACAAGGACAUCUACUACGUGCUCACCGACGAGGGGUGCAUCCACAAGUGCUCCAUCAACUAUCAGCAUCAGUAUCUGGAGGUCCUCAAGUGCCACGAUGGCGGCGUGAAUGUCAUGGAGUUCUGCCCCUGGUCGCCCAAGCUCUUCCUCACCUGUGGCAAUGAUUGGUACGUUCGCGUGUGGAUUGAUGGCAUCACGCGUCCCCUGAUGGAGCUGAUGGACGAGAUGACGCCCGUGCACUGGGCCAACUGGAGUCCCACACACUCCACGAUCAUUGUGUCGGUAAACCGCGAGACAGCGAAUGUCUGGGACAUUAGACGCAACAUUCUGAAGCCCAUGGCCAGACAUGAGAUGGAUUCAUCCUUCAACACAGUGGCACAAUUCUCCAACUGUGGACGUAGCCUCGUAGUGGGCAACGAGCGUGGCAACACUCUCUUCCAGGCACUAAACGAUAUGCCCUUUGAGCCACACUUUCAGUACGAUGAGCUCGAGAAAUCCAUUUUCAAGGCCGUUGGCAACGAUUACGAGCUGCUGAUGGAACUCAAGAGCAUGGGCUUCUUUGGCUAUCCCAACAAGACCUUCGUCAGGUAGAUCCUCAAUGUAAAAUAUCCCCAGUUGAAUAAAGAAAACAUUGUUGAAGCUUCACAA